GUGUGUGUAUGUGUGUGUGUGUGUGUGUGUGUGUGUGUGUGUGUACACAUAUAGAGUUGAUGUUGUUGGCGGGCAAGAUUGUCCGGCGGUAGGGAUGAGAAACACAAAGACUUAAAAUCAAAGGUGUGAGUGCGUUGCUGUGCGUGCGUGUAUGCGUGUGUGUGUGUGUGUGUGUGUGUGUGUGUGUGUGUGUGUGUGUAUGUGUGUGUGUGUGUGUGUGUGUGUGUGUGUGUGUACACAAAUAGAGUUGAUGUUGUUGGCCGUCAAAAUUGUCCGGCGGUAGGGGUGAGAAACAAAACGACUUACCAGGAAAGAGAUGAGUGCGUUGGUGUGCGUGCGUGUAUGCGUGCAUGUGUGUGCGUACGUGUGUGUGUGUACGUGUGUAUGUGUGUGUGUGCGUGUGUGUGUGUGUGUUUGUGUGUGUGUGUGUGUGUGUGUGUGUGUGUUUGUCUGUUUGAAAAGCACAAAGACAGAACGGUGUCUCGUCGGGACGAAACUUGGGAAUAGAGCUGAAGAGGACCGGGCUCUCGACCAAUCAGCUGCGACUCGACCCUUAAUGGACCAAUGGUGCGGCAGGGCACCUUUGGCGCCAAGCUCCUCGGUCGUGGUCCCCUAUAUAAGCCUGCGCUGUUGACGGUAAUCUCUCAGUUUCACAUUCUGAAUCCGAAAGAAUGGCACGUACCAAACAAACCGCCCGCAAAUCCACUGGUGGCAAGGCCCCUCGCAAGCAGCUUGCUACCAAAGCUGCUCGUAAGUCGGCCCCUGCCACCGGAGGUGUGAAGAAACCUCAUCGUUACAGGCCCGGUACCGUGGCUCUGCGUGAGAUCCGUCGUUACCAGAAGAGCACCGAGCUGCUGAUCCGCAAGUUGCCGUUCCAGCGCCUUGUUCGUGAGAUCGCACAAGACUUCAAGACCGACUUGCGGUUCCAGAGCUCUGCCGUCAUGGCUCUGCAGGAGGCUAGCGAGGCUUACCUCGUGGGUCUGUUUGAGGACACCAACCUGUGCGCCAUCCACGCCAAGCGUGUGACGAUCAUGCCCAAGGACAUCCAGUUGGCAAGACGUAUCCGUGGAGAGCGUGCCUAAGCGAGCUCACUUCUCAUCUGGUUCAUCCAGCGAAAAACAGCGAUCACCGGCCCACGAAACGAACGGUCCUUUUCAGGACCAAA